CCUACCUUCAUUUUAGUUCUCGCACAACACAGUCUCAGCAGCCGCGCCAUCUAGCAGAAGAGCUGUCGACAUGGGGAUCGAUCUGGUCGCAGGAGGUAAGAGCAAGAAGUCCAAGAGGACUGCCCCUAAGUCCGAUGAUAUUUAUCUUAAGCUCCUCGUAAAGUUGUACCGAUUUCUCGUAAGGAGGACAGAUAGUAACUUCAAUAAAGUGAUAUUGAAGAGGCUGUUCAUGAGCAAGGUCAACAAGCCCCCACUAUCUCUCUCUAGGCUCAGUCGCUUCAUGAAAGGAAAGGAGGGGAAGAUUGCAGUUGUCGUGGGAACAGUGACCGAUGACAUUAGGGUUUAUGAGGUGCCAGCAAUGAAGGUAACUGCUCUGAGGUUUACUGAGACAGCUAGAGCAAGGAUUGAGAAGGCCGGUGGAGAGUGCUUGACUUUCGACCAACUUGCUCUCAGGUGCCCAUUGGGACAGAACACGGUGCUUCUCAGAGGUCCAAAGAAUGCUCGUGAAGCAGUGAAGCACUUUGGUCCAGCUCCUGGCGUGCCACACAGCCAUACCAAACCCUAUGUUCGGUCCAAGGGAAGGAAGUUCGAGAGGGCUAGAGGAAGGAGAAACAGCAGGGGAUUCAGAGUUUAAGUUGAACUUAGUGUUUAAUUGUUUGGGAGAAUUGUUAUUUCUUACUGUUGCAAUCAAAAUUUUGCUAGACUUACAUUUAGGUAUUUGUGGGUGGUUCUUUACUCAACAUAUUCUUCCUGUUGGUUUAAGUUCUAUGCUUAUGGAUGCCUGGUUUGAGAUACGAUUUUAGUACUUUAUAUGAAUCAGUGUUUUUUAAGUAGUAAA